CGGGCGGGGGGCGGCUGGGGCCGGUUCUGUGCGAGUCCCUGCGGGCACCGACCGCGCUCCCGCCGCGCCCCGCGCAGCCGCCCCUCGCCGGCGCCACUGGGGGGGUUGUUUUUUGUUUUGUUUUUUUUGCUUUCCUCCCCCCACUUUUAAAUUUUCCUCCCGCUCCCCCCCGCACCGGCACUUCCGGCGGGUUUCCGGGCGGUUUCCGGGCGAGCGGCUCCGGCGGCGGCGGGGGCGAUGCUGGAGGCGGCGGAGGGGCCCGCUGCGGGCGGCGCGGAGCAGCGCGGGAGCCGCUUCAGCGUCCUGACGUGGGAGCAGGUGCAGCGGCUGGACCAGAUCCUGGGCGAGGCCGUGCCCAUCCACGGCCGCGGCAACUUCCCCACGCUGUCCGUGCGGCCGCGCACCAUCGUGCAGGUUGUCCGCAGCCGCCUGGAGAAGAAGGGAAUCCCGGUGCACAACGUCAGGCUGAACGGCUCCGCCGCCAGCCACGUCCUGCACCAGGACAGCGGCCUGGGCUACAAGGACCUGGACCUCAUCUUCGGCGUGGAUCUGAAGAACGAGGACGUUUUCCAGCUGGUGAAAGAUGUGGUCAUGGACUGCCUGCUGGACUUCCUCCCCGAAGGAGUCAACAAGGACAAGAUCACGCCCAUGACCCUGAAGGAGGCCUACGUGCAGAAGCUGGUGAAGGUGUGCAACGAGACCGACCGCUGGAGCCUCAUCUCGCUCUCCAACAACAGCGGCAAGAACGUGGAGCUCAAGUUCGUGGACUCGCUGCGCCGCCAGUUCGAGUUCAGCGUGGACUCCUUCCAGAUCAUCCUGGACUCGCUGCUGCUCUUCGGGGAGUGCUCGGAGAACCCCAUGGCCGAGAACUUCCACCCCACGGUGACCGGGGAGAGCAUGUACGGGGACUUCGAGGAGGCCAUGGAGCACCUGCGGCACCGCGUCAUCGCCACGCGCAACCCCGAGGAGAUCCGCGGCGGGGGGCUCCUCAAGUACUGCAACCUCCUCGUCAGGGGCUUCAAGCCCAAGUCCGAGGUGGACAUGAAGGCCCUGCAGAGGUACAUGUGCUCCAGGUUCUUCAUAGACUUCUCUGACAUCGGCGAGCAGCUGCGGAAGCUGGAGUGUUACCUGCAGAGCCACUUCGUGGGCAUGGAGAGCAACAGAUAUGACUAUUUGAUGACCCUGCACAGGGUGGUCAACGAGAGCACGGUCUGCCUCAUGGGACACGAGAGGAGGCAGACCCUGAACCUCAUUGCCAUGCUGGCCGUGAGGGUCCUGGCUGAGCAGAACAUCAUCCCCACGGUCACAAACGUUACCUGCUUCUACCAGCCGGCCCCUUAUGUCAGCGAAAUAAACUUCAACUACUACGUGACCCACGUGCAGCCCUUCCUGCCUUGCAAUCAGUCCUACCCCACGUGGCUUCCCUGUAACUGAGCCAGGACAAACCCCAGGGUCUGUCCUCCAAGGUAUUUCCGUGCCUUGGGGGGUUGGGAGGGUGGGGAGGGGGGAGCAAAAUGGAACCUACCGACCUUCCCAGAACUGCAACAAAAGGAAACUUCCUGGACUCUUGCUUGAGUGUCUCGUUCCUGGGAUUGUUGGGACGAGCCUUGUCUGCUGUACACUGUGAUGGGAAGUGCAGUGUUAUGGGAAUGACUCCUUAUGGAAUUGUGGAGGCAACGGGGUGGGUGGGGUGUGUGAGGGGAGACUGUAGAAUUACGCUAAGGUAGAGCUGCACUGCCCUGAAAUGGAUCUGAAUUGUGGUUUGUUUUUUUUUUAGUGCAGGAGGUGUUCUGGGUUUGCAAACUUGUGGUUUCUGCCGAGAGAAGCCAGGGUGGCUAAUUCCUUUGAAGGACCAAAGAAUCCUGUUUAAGUGCCUGUAACAAUAUAAACACAACUGUACUGUAAACUUUAUUAUUUUCUGCGGGGGCUGAUGGCCCAGAGCUCGAGUGGGGAAUGUCUGAGGAGGAAAAUGUUUCUGUCGUGGGUGGGAGGGUCGCAAGAUCAUUUCUUAUGCUGGCUGAGGCCAGAGCAGGUUCUGUGUGGCUGAGGGGUUUGGGCAUGACUUGCUCCCUGUGAAGGACCAGCUGGAGCCAAGAGCUGCCAAAGUGGGGCUGCCUAACCCGGGGGGUUGGAAAUGCCUGAAACUGGGAGCACUGGUGGAAAAUGCUGUGCAGGGCUUGCUGGAAAAAAGGCAGAAGGGACCUACACUUGGAUUUCUUCAAGCUCCCAAGUCUGCAGUGCCAAAAUGUAGUGAGGCAGAUGAUCUGUCCAGGAGCCUGCCCCAGGCUGCCAAACCUAAUCCUGUUUUUUUCUAGGGGAAUUUGAAAUGCUGCUCUUCCAAUUUUUUUUUUUUUUUUGACAUGCAGUGUGAUUUUAAUGCACAAAGCCACAGGCCAGCUGGGCCAUGGGGAAGGUGAGGCUUGUCCUUUGAAGCACAAAGCAUCCAGGUCACUGGUCAGUCAUUUCCACCUGUCGCUGUGUCCUCCAGGGAGGUGGACAGACCUCUUCAUGCUGGAGAUCAUCCCUUGGGCAGGUCCCAUCUCCAAAGCAGCCCAUUCCCAGCUCUGUGAUUCCCUGAUAGCAUUUGAAAUUCAUUCUCUAGCUAGAAAUGGAGCCUGGGGGCAGAAGGAGGGGUGAGGUUAGUUGGCCUUAGGGAAACGAUGUCUUCUGAGCAGACGCUCUGGUGUUUGGAGGGUCUGGCUCUGGUGUGGCUCUGGAGCUGUUGAGUGUCCGGAGCACAGAGGUUUUUCGGGAGGUGCCUGGGCUGCCGAGCCCCAGAGUCUCAGGUUUCAGGGGCAGGCAGCAGGCAGGCAUUCCCCAGGGAUGCUGCUCGGGAACACCACCGCGGCUUCCUGCUGCUGACCUAUCCAGUACCUUUACUAACUCGUGUUUUUUGGGGUUUAUUUUUGUUUUUGUGACAAAACUGUAAUAGCCGGGCAGAUUGAAAUAAAGACUAGAUCCUUGGAAUGUGUAUAGCCAGAUUGGUACCUUUUUUGGGGUGGGGGUUUGCGGAUGGGGAGUCAGGGGUGGGGGUGGCCCUGGGCAUCCCUGGAGCCCAGCUCUGCUCCCUGCCCCGGACCCUGUGCAGGUUCUGGUGCCUCCUGAGCCCAGCCCAGCCUUCAGGGCAGCCCCCAGCUCCCCAGAGCCCCAUCCGUGCUGGGAGCUCGGCGUUUCCCACGCAGGGCCACGCUUGGGAGCCUGACUGUGCCACCCCUGUGGCUUUGAGGAAGGUGAGAUUUUUUUUCCUUGUGUUUGAAAUGGAACAUAGAUGCCAUGUAGCAUGUUUUUUACAGGCUGCUCCUACCCACAGACACACUAAACUGAGAUUCCCUCCUUCCCUUUGAGGUGUCCAAACAGAUCCCCUACAGCCAACAGCUCGACAGGGCGAUCUACCAUUGAGAUUGCACUUUGGAUUUAUGGAGUGUGUGUGGUGGGACUCUUGUGAGUGGCUUGAACCUGAAUUUUUCUAGACCUUGCAGUGAUACUGUGCUGCCUCUUGUGAGGGGGCAAUUGGAAGAUUCCAGUAGCUUGAAUGGCACUUGAUUUCUUUUUUUUUUUCGUUGUUUUGUUUGUUUUAAAUGUCUUUUUUUUCCUACACCUGUAUCACUUGUCAUGCGAUGGGCUUGACAUAGACUCACUAGAUUCUUUAGAAUCUGUUACGAAUAAAUACAGUGUAUUCAAAUUUGUUGGAUUAUUUUUAUUUGCUUGUCCAUCCGGGUGGUGUGAUGAGGAGAUGCCCC